AUGUUUGACAUCUUUCCAUCUCUCUAUUUCCCUUCUCUACAGUGGGAGGAGAUAGGUGAGGUGGAUGAGAACUAUGCUCCGAUCCACACGUACCAGGUGUGUAAAGUGAUGGAACACAACCAGAACAACUGGCUCCAGACCAACCUCAUCCUCAACGAGGGGGCUCAGAGGGUGUUCGUGGAGCUACAGUUCACCCUGAGGGACUGUAACAGCCUUCCGGGUGGCGUGGGUACCUGCAAGGAGACCUUCAACAUGUACUACUAUGAGUCUAACGAUGAGGAGGGGAGGAACCUCAGGGAGAGCCAGUACUCUAAGGUAGACACCAUCGCUGCUGACGAGAGCUUUACGGAGUUAGACCUGGGAGACAGAGUGAUGAAGUUGAAUACAGAGGUUAGGGAUCUGGGACCGUUGAUGAAGAAGGGGUUCUACCUGGCGUUUCAGGACCUGGGAGCCUGUAUAGCGUUGGUCUCUGUCAGGGUGUUCUAUAAGAAGUGUCCCUUCAUAGUGAGGAACCUAGCUCAGUUCCAGGACACUAUUACAGGGUCGGACUCCUCCCAGCUGCUGGAGGUGGCAGGAAAAUGUGUCAACAACUCGGUGGCGGAGGACCUACCCAGGAUGCACUGCAGCGCAGAGGGGGAGUGGCUAGUGCCCAUCGGGAAGUGUGUGUGCCAGGCGGGGUUUGAGGAAGUGAAUGACAGUUGUCAAGGUAUGUACUGA